AUGGCGGCGCGGGCGGAGGCGAUGCUGCUGCGGCAUCACGAAACCUUGGCCCGGGCGGCGCUGGGGAUGGGGUUCGUGUUUGGAUUCGUGUACACGACGAAGACGGGGACGUCGCCGUUGGCGUGGGUGUACGGCGCGUCGAGAGAGACGGUGGUGAGCGCGAACGCGCGGGACGUGACGACGCGCGCGACGGCGAGGCCGUAG